CGCUGAUAAUUAUAUUUAAUGGUGAAUUAGGGACGAAUGCAAAUUUGCGACAGAUGCAUAUGUAAAUAUGUAUAUACAUGCAUACUAUGGAAUCCUAAGUACACCAGAUUCGAGAAAUUUGCAAGCAUUAAUAUUAACGAAGGCAUGACAAAAUGCAAAUUGACCCUACCAGAUUUACCCUGCGACAAAUUUACCCAACGCCACAGAAAUUUAUUAGCAAGUUAAAUUCCAUCGAAUCUAAAUUAGUUUAAAAACGUUUAUUUUAAGUAGACCAAUCCUGAUUAAAUUUAUAAAUUAUCUUAGAUUUUUUAAACAAUUUAAAACAUUCUGACAUGAAUAUAAAUGAAUUAUGAUAUGAAUGUGGAAUUAAUUUUUUCUUCUUCAUUUACAUAAGUUCAGUUCAUCUCAUUUACAUGAUUCUCAACCGUCCAUAAUUAUGAAAGCGGGAGCCAAGUUGGAGGUGAAAAUAAAAUUUACACAACAACAACUAAUAAAAUAUUGACGAGUUGUUUCUUGCAUGCAGUCUGCUCUAUUCACUAUUAAUUAAUUAAAUUAAUAAACGUUGAGUUUAUUUGCGACUUACUUAUUUUCAUCAUGUCCUCCUCCUCCCUCCCUCUCGAACGAUUUUACACCCAUCCUCACAACACUAUUUGCCGUUACUUUUCCCGUUCGUUGAACGUGUCGCGGAUGCGGUUGAGUUGGAUGAUAAGGUCAAGACCAGGGUGGGAAGCUGACAUGAAUGAUUGGUCCACGGUGAGCGAAUGGUUCCAAGAUGCGAAGGACAAGUUGCUUGGCGAUAACGUGGCGUCAACUUGGGGACUAACGAAGGUCAUCUUACCACAAAUCAAGAAGGAUUGGGCGGUCGUGAUUAGUAGACUUCCCCACUACUUGACUCUGAUGGAUGGUAAAAUGUAUCCCGGCCCGUUGGAUGGUUCCUGGGUGGCCGAUGACCUCGUGGACGUCGCCCUGACCCAGCGGCUCGUUGAGCAAGGGGCGGAAGUUGAAGAAAUCGCUAUUAAGGAGAAUAAUUGGCACCCAGGGUCGGAGAAUCGUAUAAUCAACGUGAUCAGCCCCUACAUGUAUUGUUACUUAGCAGAGAGGGCGGGACACGUUUUGAAAGAGCCUUUUAUCCCGAAACCACAAAAGGAUAUCUACGAUUACAAUCACCUCUUACAUUUCCACUCCGACAAAGCCGACAACUAUGCCGCCAGCAUAAACGUGAGGAUAGAAAUAGCAGCACAAAUACCGGCUGAUAUGACAUGGCCAGUCAGGGAAUGGGACCCAUAUUACCAAAUGCUUCCCGCUGACGUUUCAAUCGACUCGGAUGGAACGUCGCACUUCACGUCGUAUGUGAAUGGUCUAAAUCCAGCGGAGCAUGGGGAAUUGUACGCAACUCUGGAGCAAGUUUUGACCAAGAUGAUUCCACUAUUUGAAAAGACGCUGACCGAAAUCCGAGUCCAGAGACGGGAGGUUGAACCUCGGACGCGCAGAGUGAGAUUGCGAAGCAGGCAAGUCUUCCUCCUGCUGUCACCUUGGGCGGAAGGAAGAUCCAAGUCGUGGUUAGGAUGGCGACAACAAUUUUAACUCCGGACAAUCCGAGGCAUCCGGGCGGACGGUGGCACAUUGAGGGGAUGGCAAACGAACAAAUCGUCGCCGUUGGUCUGCACUACUUCUCCAAUGAGAACAUUACCAAGUCAAAAUUGCUUCUUGCUCCUACUCAGCGGGGAUUGGGUGGGGUCACGAACGUCUUUGAGGGUGGGAACAAUUCCUUCGCGAUCGAAUCGGUGCCGGGCCGAAGCGUUGUAUUUAAGAAUAUCAUCUCUCACCGUGUGGCUCCUUUUGAACUGGAUAAUCCCAAGAAACCCGGACAUCGCAGAAUCCUUGCGUUUUUCCUUGUCGAUCCAGGUACUAGGAUUUUGUCGUCAGCUCGCGUCCCAUGUCAGCAAUGGGCGUGGUACGUCGCCCAAGUGAAGGACGUCUUGGUAAACUUUUUACCUCCGGAGAUGGUCGAGCUUGUGGUGUCAUAUCUACCUGUGGGAAAUAAGUAUUUGGACCCCGAGAAUGCGAAAUAUUUCCAGGAGCAGAUGCGAAGGGAGAGGAUGGCGCGAAUGACGGGAGAUACGUAUCGAAUAGUACUUCGCGGGGACUGAUCUAGCCUUAUCUGAACUUUUUACACGCCGGUAAAGUCACCGAGUGGAUGGCGGUGACGCUAUUUUAUUAAAUUUACUCGUUAUUAUUGAUCAGAAUUGCAAUACUUUGUUGAAUUUUGUAUGUGUGUACAUAUGUAGAUAUAUAUAUAUUAGGAAUGAUGAUUUGUAGUUGAAUAUGUACACAGUUGAAAAUGUACUCGCAUAUUGGAUCACAAUUUUUGCCUCGCUUAAUACUUUGUCACUUUUUGGCGAUUUCGUUCCUCGGUAAAUUUGUAACCUGGUCAUGUAUUUAUGAUCCAACAAUUAAUUGAAUUUCUGGUAAAUAAAAUGGGUUAGUAAUUAUAA